AUGAUCGGCAACAGCGUGGUCAUGCUGGAUGUAGAUCUUAGGAAUAUAUCUGUCGACGUCCACGUCGUCUGCUGCUACUUUAUGGACAUAAGCCUGUGCUCGAGAAGACAGAGCGCGUCUGUGCAGCCCCCGCUGUCCCAGGCUGUCGGAUAUGUCAUUGUCGUAGUGUUGGGGCUGGUCAUUGCUUGUGCUAACCGAGCAGUGAUGAUGGUCAUCACCAAGGUCCUAAAGAAGACGACUGGAGAAGAUAACAAAAAAACUGAGAUGUUCAUGACUGCCAAUCGCACGGUCCGGACAGGCUUGACUGCAUCGGCUGUGAUUUCGUCCUGGCUAUGGACAACGGCCAUGCUAGGAGCAUCACUCGUCGGGUACAACUACGGAGUAGCUGGUCCAUUCUGGUUCGCAGCGGGCUGCAGUCCCAUGAUUAUCCCAGAUGCGCACACGUCGCUCGAAGUGGUCCGGAUUCAAUACGGCCGCGUCGCUCAUGUGGUCUUGAUGACCUUGUGUCUGAUUAACAACAUCUUUUCCUGCGCGAACAUGCUCUUGGGCGCUGCAGCGGUUAUCUCAGCCAUAACCGGGAUGCACAUCAUCGCCGCAACAUUUUUACUGCCCGUUGGCGUGACAGUCUACACCUUUGUAGGUGGAAUCAAAACGACUUUUCUCACAGACUACUUCCACACAGCCAUCAUCCUUAUCAUCGCAUGCUACUUUUCCAUCAAAGCGUUCACUGUGGAAGAGGUCGGCUCCAUCGGCAAGCUAUAUGACCUUGUCCAAGCAGCUGCACAGCGUCAUCCUGUCUCCGGCAAUCAGGACGGGCCAUACCUGACGAUGACUUCGAAGGGGGCGAUUCUGUUCGGCAUCCUCCACAUUUGCUCCAACUUCGGCCUCGUGAUUGCUACACCAUCGGCGGCAUCGCCUACUUCGCCAUCCCCCUGGGCCCUCGGCACCAUCAAAAGCUCUCUCGCCCUCGGUCUCGAAAACACAUCCUUCUUCCCAACCUAUCCCCGCCGCAUGACCUCCGUCGAAGUCAGCAACGGCCUCGUCCUCCCAUAUGCCGCCAUGGCCAUCGCAGGAAAAGGCGGCGCGGCAGCCGUCCUCCUCAUCACUUUCAUGGCCGUGACCUCCACCCUCUCCGCACAGGUCAUCGCCGUCAGCUCGAUCCUCAGCUUCGACGUAUACCGUGAAUACAUCAACAAGGCCGCCUCAGACAGAGACAUCAUCCGAGCUAGUCACUUUGGUGUUAUAUUCUUCGCUGCCUUUUCCGCUGGCUUUAGCACAAUGCUCCAUUGCGUUGGUAUUGAUCUCGGGUGGACGUUGUAUAUGCUCGGGGUCGUAACCUGCCCCGGCAUCUUCCCCAUGGCAUUCACCAUCCUCUGGCGUCGUCAAAACCAAGCAGCCGCCAUCCUAGCCCCCAUUCUCGGCAUGGCCACAGGAAUCGGCGUGUGGCUGGGCACUGCGCGACACUUCUACGGUACCGUAUCUGUUAGCUCGACGGGGGAGAUUCUCCCCUGUGUGUAUGGGACUGUUGCGUCUGCUUUCUCGCCUAUCGUGUAUUCUGUUGUGAUUACGUUGGUCAACCCGCAGCGGUACGACUGGGCGGAGUUCAGGAAGGAGAAACUAGGUCUGGAUCGAGUGGAUAGUGAUGUGACGGUUGGUGAGGAGCAGGGGGCCAUAUCGUCAUUUGAUCCUCGGGAGCUAAAGAGAUGGGGUCGUAUUGCGGCGUUCUGGUCCAUUGCAACGUUUCUGGGUCAUUGGGUGUUGUGGCCGUUGCCGAUGUAUGGGUCGAAGUAUGUUUUUGGGAAGGGGUUCUUCUCUGCGUGGGUUGUUGUGGGUAUCAUCUGGUUGUGGAUUGCCAUGUUUGUGGCAAUCUUUUAUCCCAUUCUUGAUGGGGGAGUGCAGCAGAUGGUGCAGGUAGGGAGGGCACUGCGUGGCGGGAAAGGUGGUUCAUCGGCGCUGUCGAUUACGGAUGGUUCGGGUGAUGUGUUGAAGGUGGAGGAGAAGCAGUAGUGGUGCUUUGUU